AUGGAUUAUUUAAGGGAGAUUACCAAUAAAAAACAGUUUAAUUAUAUAAAUUGUGUUAUAAAUGUUGUAUGGUCGGUCUUCUCUCUCCAUGUGUGUCUUCAGCUGUAUAACGAGGAGGUGUUGGAUCUUUUCGACACCACGCGUGACAUGGAGAUGAGGAAGCAGAAAUCUCAUAUUAAGAUCCACGAGGACGCCAGCGGCAGCAUCUACACCGUAGGCGUGACGACUCGCAACGUCUCCUCAGAGGCAGAAAUGAUCCAGUGUCUGAAGCUGGGCGCUCUCUCCCGCACCACUGCCAGCACUCAGAUGAACGUACAGAGCUCUCGAUCUCACGCCAUCUUCACCAUUCACGUCUGCCAAGUGCGUGUUUGUGCACCCGCGGAAAAUCCCCCAGAGCAGGACAAUGAGACAGACAAUCGGCUGGCCAACAGCUCGUCUGAGAUGGAAGAGUUCGAAACUCUCACAGCCAAGUUUCACUUCGUGGAUCUGGCCGGGUCGGAGCGACUCAAGAGGACGGGGGCCACCGGGGACCGAGCCAAAGAGGGCAUCUCCAUUAACUGUGGAUUGCUGGCGUUGGGGAACGUCAUCAGUGCUUUAGGAGACCGAAGCAAACGAUCGACGCAUGUGCCUUACCGAGACUCCAAACUCACUCGCCUUCUGCAGGAUUCACUGGGUGGAAACAGUCGAACGAUGAUGAUCGCCUGCAUCAGCCCAUCGGAUCAGGACUUCAUGGAGACGCUGAACACGCUGAAGUACGCCAAUAGAGCUCGCAACAUCAAGAACAGGGUGGUGGUGAACCAAGACAAGGCCAGCCAGCAGAUCAGUGCUCUCAGGACGGAGAUCGCCCGGCUGCAGAUGGAGCUCAUGGAGUACAGAACGGGGAAGCGUAUGGUUGGAGAGGAUGGGAUGGAGAGCAUCAAUGACAUGUUCCACGAGAACUCGAUGUUGCAGAUCGAGAACAAUAAUCUGCGCAUGCGCGUGAAGGCCAUGCAGGAGGCCAUCGACGCUCAGGGCGCUCGACUCACGCAGCUGCUCAGCGAACGGGCCAAUCAGGUGCUCUCCAGAGCAGGUGAAGGCAGUGAGGAGAUUGGAAAUAUGAUUCAGAAUUACAUCAAAGAGAUCGAGGACCUGAGGUAA